GACAUCACCGUCAGCUGGUUCAGUGCAGUGAAUGGAGGCAGUCUUACAGAGUAGAGCCCUAUGACAGAGGAUAGACACUGACCUUUAUAACGCUUACUAUAUACAGACCAAUCCUGCUGGAUCCCAGAUCUGUGCGCUCAUCGCGCCGCACUGACGUCUGCAUCAGGAAACGGAGCAUUUCUCAAAACAAGUUGGUGUACACAAGAAGUCAACGCUUGCACACCCUAGCUCAACAGACACCGCAAACAUGGCAUCUGGUUCAUCAAUGAUGAACGGGGACAUCAGUCACCCACGCGGGUCUGGCCCGGGGAAUGUGGGCAGUUUAGAGGAGACCCUCCAGCAAAUGAACACCCUGAUCAAAGAGAACAGAGAGCUGAAAGAGGCGCUGAAACAGACCAACUUGUCAAUGAAGGAGAGAUUUGAGGGUCUGUCUGCAUGGAAGGAGAAGCAAAAGGAGGAGAGAGACUUUCUGGAGCAACGAUUAGAGGAGGCCAAAACCAGACUGACUACUGUGGAUGCAGAUAACGAGAUGCUGAAGAAACGAGUGGAAGAGCUGGAAAAAAGUGGAGCCGAGUGUUUACACACUGAACUGGAGGCACUGAGGGGACAGAUUGGUCGUCUACAGGCUGAGAAGAAUGAUCUGGUAGCAUUGAACUCCGAACUCCAGCUCAAAAUGGGACAAGGUUCACCUAGAGACUCCUUCAUUGAGAUUAGGAUAGCUGAAGAUGAUUUAAAAGUGACCAGAGAUUUACCUGAUACACAAAUGGACUCAUCUGCUUUCUGCAUGCCAAAGGCUGAGUCGGAGGAACAGACAGUGAGGCAGCUGCUUCACUCCCUCAGAGCAGAGACUGAUGCGAAGGAGAGACUGCAGCUAGCGUUCCAGGAGGCACGUGGAAGAAUUGCAGAGUUAGAGAACAGACUGGAUCACGCUGACAGCAGCGCACAGACGUCUCUCCCCUGUGCAACUGAAAUCAACUCAAGCGCUGAGGUGAAGAAUCUGGAGGAUCAGUUGUUGAAGCUCUGUAAUGAAUUGAAACAAGCUCAGAUCAAACUAGAUGAUGCUGAGAACAUGAAAAGAAACCUGCAAGACAGGUGUAGGGAUUUGGAGCAAGAUCUGGGCACCUUAAAGACUCAGCUCGGAGAGAAACAGAAGGUCCAGGCUGAGAACGACAGUCUGAAGGUUCAGAUGGAAAGUCUCCAGGCUGCUAUUAAACUGGAACAGAAGAAAACUCAGGAUGAGAAGAACAACCUAAACCAGCUGAAAGAUGCCUACACCAAGCUGUUUGAAGACUACAAUGAGCUUCAAGAGGAAAAGAAGAAGAAAGAGGGUAGUGUAUCACGGGAAGAGUACGAUGACCUCCAAACCAGGUUUGCUACGGCUGAAAAGGCACUGGCAGACAAACAGCUGAAGAUUGAUGAAAUGAAGAUGGAAAUCUUCCAGAAGGAAAAGGAACUAGAAACUAUCUCUGUUUUCCAGGCUCAGGCAGAGAUAUAUUCCUCUGACUUCUACGCUGAAAGAGCAGCUCGGGAGAAGAUUCACGAGGAGAAAGAGCGUUUGGCCACUCAACUGGAGUAUGUGAAGAAACAGAACAGCCAACUUCAGGAGGAGAUGGAAUCACUUGGCAGGCAUUCCAUGAGUGAGAUGCAAAGGAGACAUGUGCCACGUGGGGCCAAUCCACAAGGCCCCGCAUCUCCACACCAUCUGCAAGGAGGCGAUUGGCAGCAGCAGAAUAUUCCAGAACAUGCUUGUCCCAAAUGUGGGGAAGUCCUACCUGACCUGGACUCUCUGCAGAUCCACAUCAUGGAUUGCAUCAUCUGAGCCUGUUGCCUAAUAACCAUACCAGAUCCCCCCUAUAUGUGAAUGAGUGGUUUAAUAGCUUUAACUUCAAGCACCAUAAUGCUUCAAUAACACAGGUCUAUAAACCCUGCAGCCUAAAAAUACUGUACAUUAUCAGUGUGGAUGGUUUCAGAUCAAUAGAUGUUAAUGGUCGUGGGUGAGGACUUAAUGUGCAGCUUUGGUUCUGACUGGUUGGAUUUGAUCUAAAUACGCCAUAUAUAACAAACAUUCAUUUAAGCUGCUUUAGGACAAUUUAUCUAUGUCAACUAUUACGAAAAAGUAUAUUAUGUUGCAGGUGGGCAAUCAAUGUGGCAUAUAUUACACAAAAAUAUAUUAAUCUGUUGUGGGCUAAAUACAUUAUGCAUUGCAAAAAUAUUUUUGUUUGAGAUAGAAUUUGUUGAGAGAAUCAUUUAUUUUAAAAACUUGAAGCCUUAGUUAGUUAGUGGUUAAUUAUAUUUUCAUUAUACUCUCAAUGCCCAACAUUAUACAGGCAGAGAUCAACAGAUAAUGUUUUUUUAUUAUUAUUAUUAUUUGUUGGAUCUGUUUAACUGUUAAAGCACUUUAUCCUGUUUGAUAAGCAUGGUUAGUGAGUUAGUAAGAUUUGGGGUUACUUUGAAUAGAACUGUGUCUGUCUGUUAACACCUACCUAAAUCUAAUAAAUGCUUCUCUGAAUUCA